AUGAUGAUGAUGUGGCUAGUAGUGAUCGUCAAAGUGCUUCUGUGUAACUUUAUCGUGACGACAGAAGCUGUCGAAUCGAGUGCUAUCUUUCUGCCACAGUUUGCGAAAAAUGCCUUGGAAAAUAAUCCGGUGAAAGGUUGGUUCAAUCGUGAUUCCAAACCACCGGCACACGACACUCCGAGCGGAAAUUGCAACUGCACGUGCGGCGAACGGAACGACGAAAGUCGCAUUGUGGGCGGUGACAAGGCCAAAAUUAACGAAUUUCCCUGGAUGGCACGUCUCAGCUACUUUAAUCGAUUCUACUGCGGCGGCAUGCUCAUCAACGAUCGUUAUGUCUUGACAGCAGCUCAUUGUGUCAAAGGCUUUAUGUGGUUCAUGAUCAAAGUUACGUUCGGCGAACACGAUCGCUGCAAGGAUACAGUGCGACCCGAGACACGAUUCGUACUUCGUGCCAUUUCGCAAUCCUUUAGUUUCAGCAACUUUGAUAAUGAUAUGGCACUGUUGCGAUUAAAUGAUCGUGUCCCAAUGACAAAUACCAUUAGACCGAUUUGCCUUCCCACAAAUCGAUUGGAAACGUAUGAAGGAGCCAUUGGAACGGCAAGUGGCUGGGGAACUUUGAAGGAAGAUGGAAAGCCAUCAUGCGAAUUGCAAUAUGUCGAAGUUCCGGUGAUCUCGAAUGAAGUUUGUGUCAAGAACACAAGUUACACGGAAAAAAUGAUCUCCGAUAAUAUGUUGUGUGCUGGGUAUGUUGGAGUUGGAGGCAAGGAUUCGUGCCAAGGAGACAGUGGCGGCCCAUUAGCAAACCGCAGACCUGAUGGAAAAUAUGAACUAAUUGGAGUUGUUUCAUGGGGAAAUGGAUGUGCUCGUCCCAACUACCCCGGAAUCUAUACCCGUGUCACCCGAUAUUUGGAUUGGAUUUUACAAAAUUCCAGUGACGGCUGUUUCUGUGAAAAGUACAAGCCGACUUAA